AGGAAUAUAUAUCGUUACCUUGUUUACCACACAUAAUGAGUCUAAGCAAAAAAUCUGAAUUAAAAAAAAAAUAUCAAAUCCAAUAUAAUGUAUAUUUAAACGAUAUACUCAACAAACGAAAAAAACAAUCCAAACGCAAACCAAAAAUCUACUAAUACAAAAUAUUAAUAUAUACCUAAAUAUUUAUUAUGUUUUAGUAUUCUAAAUACUCAAAUUAUAAUUAAAUUUUGGUGUCGGUUCAGUUCAGAUUGGUUCGAUAUUUUCAAACUGAAAUAUGUUAUCUGAAAAUCUGACAUGAACCUUGCAUAGUAUCCAAAUGUCCAGCCCCAAUAUCUACAGACGAAUAGUGCUGGUUAAGAUUAUGUAGUCCAUUGGUGAAGUCAUUAUUUAGUCUAGUUCAAAAAUGUAUAGAACAGAUCCAAAAUAAGAUAAUGGGCUCAGAGAACUCAUCGUCUUUCUAUUACUAAGAGCAUGUUUAUCAGCGUGUCUUAAGGGAAUUGUUUAGCUAAAUUGGCACUUAAAAUAAAAGGAAAAAAGACAAUUAAGGAAAGCACGUCUCCUAAUUUAGGUUUUGAAGGCACGUUAUUUAGCGGGUACAUGGCACAAUCAGAUUGGCUGGAGGAGCGGUCCGUCUCAUUUCUUCUUUCUUUCUCUCUUUCUGUUUUUCCCUUUCUUUUCUCUCGGUGCCGAAACCGCGAAUCCUCGACGACUCCUCGACGAAACGGCGAGGUCUCUUUCGGUGGCUCUCGGCGAGAAAGGAAAACGACACACUCUCUAUCGGUGGCUCCCCUCCAACAAGGAAAACAGCGACAUAUCUCUCUAACGGUGGCUCUUUGAGGCGUCAUCUCUCUCUAUCGGUGGCUCUUUGAGGCAUCAUCUCUCUCUAUCGGUGGCUCACUAAGACGAAGAUAAACGGUGACUGUUGCGGCUCCGGCGAAUCGAAAGGGAAGCUGGUGAUCAGGGGAGCUUAUGUGGCAGAGGAUUACGAAGCUGGUGGAGGUUUGGUUGAUGAAGAAGAUAAUGAUGGUUGGGUUGCUUCUCAUGGAAGGCCUAAAGGUUGUUUGAUCAAGAUGGUAUUGAAGUUGUUUGAUCAAGGUGAGACAAAGGCCUACGAUCGUUCAUACAGGCUGCUUAUAUCUUUGGAGCAAAGAAGACAGAGGUCACAGGUUAAUGUUGUUGUUGUUUGUUGUCACGGUCUGUAAAAGCUAGAGGUCACGGGUUUGUUGUUUGUUGACGUUGUGGUCACGGGUUUGUUGUUUGUUGUGGUUGUAAAAGUUAUAAGUCACGGGUAUGAUGUUGAUGUAAAGAAUAUUGUCUUCUUGUCAAAGCUAGAGGACCUGAGAGUGUGUAAAGAACACGGACUUGUUGUCUUUAUAGUUUUGUAUCCUUGUUUCAAUUUUGCAUCACACACACUUAUAAAUUGGUUUGUAUGUUCACCAUUUUCUCCAUUCUCUUUCAAAAAGAAAUCUUCUAUCUUUAAGAAAUCUAAAAGAAAUCUUAAUCUCUUCUUUCAUUUUAUCUCGUAACAAAAACUCAAAUAAUUUUCAUCUUGUAACCAAGAAUCUCAAACAAUUCUAUCUCUUCUUUCAUCUCGUAACCAAAACUCAAACAAUUUUCUAUCUUGUAACCAAAACUCUCAAACAAUUUUCAUUUCUUCUUUCAUUUUAAAAAAUUAUCAUCUCAUGGCAUCUUCAUCUCAAGACACUUUCGAGGAUUCGUUUGAUGAAACUUUCGAUGAAUAUUUAGAUCAACGUUUCGAUCAAGCAUUUGAGAAUUUGUGCAAUACUCAUGGUCAUCAAGAAGACCAAAGGAGAACAAGAAAAAAUGAGAAUUUAUUGAAAGAAACCGUGAAGAAGGUCAUCUCCGGUUAUGGAAUGAUUAUUUCAAUGACGCUCCAAUAUAUCCUGAAAAUCUAUUCCGACGACGAUUUAGAAUGAACAAGCCAUUGUUCAUGCGUAUUGUUGAUCGCCUCUCCAAUGAAGUUCAAUUCUUCCGUCAAAAGCAAGACGUUACCGAAAGACUUGGUCUCUCUGCACUUCAAAAGUGUACAACAGCUAUUCGUGUGUUGGCAUAUGGUUCUGCGCUUGAUGCGGUCGACGAAUACCUCCGGCUCGGUGCAACCACUUCUCGGUUAUGUGUUGAAAAUUUUGUGGAAGCAAUAAUAAAUUUGUUCAGCGAUGAGUACCUAAGAAGACCAACACCGGCUGAUCUUCAGCGUCUACUUCAUAUUGGAGAGCUUCGUGGAUUUCUUGGGAUGAUAGGAAGCAUCGAUUGCAUGCAUUGGGAAUGGAAGAAUUGUCACACCGCUUGGAAAGGCCAAUAUUCUCGUGGUUCGGGAAACCCCACAAUCGUUUUAGAUGCGGUUGCUUCAUAUGAUCUCUGGAUAUGGCAUGCGUUUUUUGGACCUCCAGGUACCUUAAAUGAUAUUAGUGUUCUUGAUCGCUCACCUGUUUUUGAUGACAUAAUAAAUAGUCGAGCCCCGCAAGUGCAUUUCUCGGUCAACGUAAGAGAGUACCAUUUGGCUUACUAUCUCACCGAUGGUAUUUAUCCAAAAUGGAUAACUUUUAUCCAAUCUAUUCCAAUUUCCAAAGGGUCGAAAGCAGUUUUAUUUGCACAACUUCAAGAAGCUGUCCGAAAAGAUGUUGAACGUGCUUUUGGAGUUUUGCAAGCUCGAUUUGCCAUUGUCAAAAAUCCCGCCCUUUCUUUGGAUAAGGUCAAGAUUGGAAAGAUUAUGAGAGCAUGUAGCAUACUCCAUAAUAUGAUAGUAGAAGACAAAAGAGAUGAAUACACUCAAUAUGAUAUCUCAGAUUUCCAACAAGGAGAAGGGAGCGGAAGUUCACAUGUCGAUCACACCUAUUCUACAGAUAUCCCAACUAAUAUCGCCAAUCAGAUGGGUGUUCGAACAAGAAUUUGUGAUAGACAAGCGCAUCAACAACUGAGCUUCGAUGCUUCUUUGAAAUUAUUAUCGUUUAUUUUACUAAUAUUUGUUUUUAUGUUUUCAUGUUUGUAUUUUAAAAUCUAUGUUUAAAAUGUUAUGUUUAACUUUGUUUUAUUUAAUAAAUAAAUUUAAUCUUUGUUUAAAAUUUUAUGUUUAAAAAAAAGUUUAAUAUUUUUUUAUUGUUAAAAACCUUAAUUAAGAAACCACCAAUAAACCACUAUAAUUAAGUGUCUCUUAACAAAGUCUCUUAUCUUAAUUUUAAUAGUUAAAAAAUUAUUAAAAACCACUUAAGAGACACUUAAGUGUUUUACAAAUAAACAUGCUCUAAGGGCCAGACUGGUUCACAGGAGUUUACGGUUGUGGAUGCGGAAAUUUACGGAUGCAGAUUGCGGUUCCAAGCGUUAUUAAGCAUUUUGUACGACUGGCACAAUGUUUAAAAAAUGUUGCGUUUGCGGAACAUUUGUAACUGGUUGAUUAUGAAAUAUUGCAACGGUUUAAUAAUAAAUUAUCAAUAUUAACAUAUUAUAACAUUAUAAAACUAUAAAAACAUACUAUUGUGAUAAAAUAUAAUGAUUAUUAAUAUAAUAUGAUUUAUAAUAAUAUUAUGUUUACUUAUGUUACUCUUUGUUAAUUUAAAUUAAUAUAUAAAAUGUGUGUAUAUAUAUAUUUCUAAUAUUUCUAUUUAAAAAGUUAAUUUUAAAAUUUUAAAAAUAAUUUUAUAUUAAUUUAUCCAUCCGCAACCGCAAACGUUAGAUAGAACCAGCUUUUGAUUUUAAGAGGUUCGGAGCGAUUUUUAUGAUUGUUUCGAAAUUAUGUCAACCCCUACCAAUCGUAAAAGCUGCGUUUGCGAUACCACCCGGGGAAACAAGUCGGACCUAAGACCAUGACGGGUUCGGACGAUAAUGCGUUUUACUCAGCUCUGGUCUGUUCUUCGGGCUUCUGUAUAUUUCUGCGCCUAUCGAGACGAUGUAGCUAAUGAAAUUUAUUAUAAUGCAAAUAUUCAAAAUAAAUCUUCUAAGAAACAUAAACAUUAUAAAAUAAAUAUGUUCACGUUGAUGUUAUUAUCGAGUUACUUAAAGACCGGCUCAAACCCCACCGAUACCCCAAGGUUCAUGUCACGUAUCUGCAUCCAAAAACUCUAUUUAUAAAAUUUAUGUUUGUUACAUGACUUUUUUUAUGUUUUCACUUGAUCCAGAUCCAAAAGAAGGCGGCUAAAAGAGCCUAUUUGUAUACUUAAUUAGGGGAUGUGCAUCGGAGGCUUUUAGCAGUUUCUUAGGGGUAGACCACAAAAACAUAAAAAUCGGUAACCAAAAGCGCCAGUUAAGGAUCGAUGUUUGAGUGAUACUUGUACUGUUUUGCGGGUCCCACGACACGUGGCGGCCUGCAAUUGGUUCCGGUUUUUUUUUAAAAAAAUCAGAUAAGAUAGAAAAAAAAAAAUUUAGAAACCCCAUUUUGGGUUUCACCCGAUAAUCAUGGUCUUAGCAAAUUAAUUUAUUUUAAUGUAAUAUUGGGAAAGUAAAGGAAAUAGUAUACACGCCUUAUGAAAAUGGCAUGGAGUUAAUCCAACCUCAGAGGUUAGAGUUGUGUGAAAUAGCUGGUUUAGAU